AUGACGGUUCGUCUCUCGCGGAUCCAGCUGGCCCUGUUCUUUAUCUUGCUCUGCCCGGUCAAUAUCAUCGGACUCUGGUGGGCAGUUGGCAGUCCGCUUGUGAUGGACCCCAACAGCAUUUGCAGGAAGGCGAAGCGACUGGCGGGGAAGCAGGCCGAGUUGUGUCAGACUCAGCCAGAGAUCGUCAGUGAGGUGGCCAAAGGAGCCAGGCUGGGCGUUCGGGAGUGCCAGUACCAGUUCAGGUACCGUCGGUGGAACUGCACUAGCCAUAACAAGUACUUUGGCAAAAUACUGCAGCAAGAUAUCCGGGAGACAGCGUUUGUGUAUGCCAUCACAGCAGCUGGUGUGACCCACGCUGUGACCCAGGCCUGCAGCAUGGGAGACCUACUACAGUGUGGCUGUGAGGCGACCAGGAACAGGGCACCUCCGAGGCCACCCUCACCCUCUUCCUCUUCCUCUUCUGAGGAUGGAGUCAAGUGGGAGUGGGGGGGAUGCGGAGACGAUGUGGAGUUUGGAUAUGAAAAGUCGAAACAGUUUAUGGAUGCCAAGAGGAGAAGGGGCAAGAGCGACAUCAGGACACUUAUUGACCUGCACAACAACGAGGCUGGGCGGCUGGCUGUGAAGCUCUACAUGCGGACAGAGUGCAAGUGCCAUGGACUGUCAGGCUCUUGCACCUUGCGCACAUGCUGGAAAAAGAUGCCUCAUUUCCGGGAGGUGGGCGACCGCCUUCUGGAGCGCUUCAAUGGUGCUUCCAAGGUGAUGGGCGGCAACGACGGCAAGACUCUCAUCCCUGUCGGUCAGAACAUAAAGCCCCCGGAUAAACAGGAUCUGAUUUACUCUGACGAGUCGCCUGAUUUUUGUGCUGCAAAUAGAAAAACUGGUUCACUGGGGACACGUGGUCGCAUGUGCAACAGCACAGCUAUGGACAUCAGCGGCUGCGACCUGCUGUGCUGUGAGCGCGGCUAUCGAGAGGAAACAGUAGUGCUUGAGGAGAACUGUCUGUGUCGUUUCCACUGGUGUUGUGUGGUCCAGUGCAAGAAAUGCCUGGUCCGAAAGGAGCUUAGUCUCUGUCACUGA